CACGCGACUUCAGUAUCGGUUCUUUAUCAUUUCUCACUAUAAACUUGUACGGCCAAAGAUUCCUUCCCAGCGAAAAAUCGGAAAGAAAGAAAAAACAUGGGGAUGCCGCCUGCCACGUGCGCCUCCGCCUCUUCCUCCUCCAUCGUCAACUCUUCUCCGAUCGGUGGCGGUGGCGGAGGAGGUGGAGAGAUCAUGCUUUUUGGAGUCAGAGUGGUGGUUGAUUCCAUGAGGAAAAGUGUGAGUAUGAACAACCUUUCUCAAUACGAACAACCUCAUGAAUCGAACAAGAAUAACAACAAGAACGACAAAGAUCAAGGCGAUGAUAACCUCACCGCCGGUUACGCCUCCGCCGACGAUGCCGUUCCUCACUCCACCGGAAAUCGAGAGCGCAAAAGAGGGGUGCCGUGGACGGAGGAGGAGCACAAGCUGUUUCUGGUAGGACUGCAAAAAGUAGGGAAAGGAGAUUGGAGAGGGAUUUCUAGAAACUUCGUGAAGACUCGAACUCCGACACAAGUAGCAAGCCAUGCUCAGAAAUACUUUCUCCGACGAAGCAAUCUCAACCGUCGCCGUCGCAGAUCUAGCCUCUUUGAUAUCACCACCGAUACGGUGCAGGCAAUUCCAAUGGAAGAAGAGCGAGUUGAUCGACAAGAAAACUCAACUCAGCCAUCUGAAACCAAUGUGUUUCCCAUUAUGCCGGCGACUUUUCCCAUGGCCUUUAACCAGGUAGUUCCGCCGGUUCCAAUUCAGAAUCCGACUGAAAAUCUCACAAUAGCACAGGGGAAUCAAUUGAAUAACAAUGUUCCAACGGCAAAUCUCAUCCGUCCGGUUCCAAAUUUCCCAGCUCUUCAGAGAUCCGAUCUCAACACAGACUUAAAUCCUGUGACGGAUCCUUUAUCGCUGUCACUCAAGCUGUCUUUGCAAUCCGAUCAAAUGGAUUCAUCAUCAUCUUCAACUUCCAGGCAUUCUCCAUUUCAGGUGAUGCCAAACUUUAGCAGUGGAGAUAACAAUAACAUCAUCAGUGUUGCUUAAGAAUGACAAUAAUUAUAUAAUAAGCAAAAGCGACACAAAGCUUAUUAUUAUUAGAGCUUAAAUUUGGAUUUAGAGAAAAUAAAAAAAAAAGGACAUAAGUUUAAAUUAGGUAACUGGUUUUUGAAUCCCUUUGUUUUUCAUGUACAGACUAAAAACAGAACAAAACUGUCAUGUCUUGUUUGCUUCUGUUGUUUUCUGUUUUUAUUUAUGUUAGAUUAAUGCUUCAUUUA